GUGUCGCAUAUCUGGUUCAUCAAUAAUAAAAUAAAAAUAAUAAAAUCCAUUAUUUAUAUAUAGUAGCAAAAAUAUAUAUUUUGUAAUACACAAUGAACACGGCUCGGAGCAGCCGACGAGGAAACAGGCCAUCCGUGAGUGAUCACGCCUAUCAUAUCUACUGCGUUAACUUCUACGACAAUGGGCUGAGUGCGCUUCGAGACGAGUUUAUAAGACGAAUCAAGUGCGGUCUGCGCCGAUCUCUUUUCGUUAUAGAUGUAGAAAAUGAGGUGCAGUUGGCCAUCCAGCAGCAGGACUUGCGUAUCUCAAAGGCGUAUUCCAAGAGGACGGUAGGAGCAAACGAGCUAAUGUCCACGGAUCCCGUCAGCAUUACCAUGCAACGAAUACGAGAGAGCGUGGCCGAGUACGAAAAUAUAAGCAGGAAUAUCGACCAGGAGCUGCACUUUAAUCUUUAUGAAUAUUGGCAGAAGAACUCUCCGGCCGAGCUGAAAAAUAUCUCGACCGACCCCAACAAGGAGCGAGCAUCCAGAACGAAGAAUACAUUAGAUACCAUGCGCACCAAUGCCACUGCUUCCAGGAAGACAACCAAAUCCAAGGCCGAAAAGGGAUCUAGCGAAAUGCCGAAAAUGGAGAAAAUUGAGUGCGUGUCUGUCACGGCCAAGGACCACCAUAAAGUUGGCAAAGGGAAGCCGCUGUCCAAGCGCAUGUAUAUCAAUGAUAACCCCCUGACGACGAAGAUCAUGAUCCUGGUCAUUGGCCACUUCGACAAUGAUUUCUACAAGUCCCUGCUGGCCAACCAUCAGCCAGUUCGAGCAAUAAUCCACUUCCUACCCGAGGAGUGCGCUUACGAUCUGCUGGUGCCGCGUCCGCGCCGGGAACGGUAUCUACAGGAGACCAUUGAAAACAUCCAAAAAGACAUUCAUUCGCUGCGCAAGAGGACGGCCACCAAGCGCGUGGGCAUAUUCCAGCAACAGCUACCCCAGAUGUCCGCCUGCCUGGCGACUAAGUUCACGGACGACAUCUUCAAUCAGCUGAGCUGGUUCGUGUACGAUUUGGAGACGCUGCGGGAACAGUACGUAUCGUACUACCUAGCGCCCUACCAGGAGAUCAAUGUGAAGAUGAGCCCGGACGCCAACAUGCUGGAUAGUUUCCACAUGGCCGAGUCGCUCAGCAUUCAGGGGCACUACCUGAAGUCUCAGAUGCCAGCAGCCAGGGCUGACGUUGGGACCAUAUAUCUAUACGUAGAGUCCCUAAUGAGCAUAUUUGGCAAUCCCAGGGAGCUGAUGACCGAGAUGGAGGUCCUACUGCUGGCAAAUCCCACUUCUUCGGCGCAAACACGGAUGCUUGACAAAGUCAAGGUCUAUGCGAAUGCCUUUAAGAGCAUUGUGAAGCUGUCCAAGAACGAACGACUGUUUGUCGAACAGGGAAAUUCUCUGCUAAGCAGCAUUCUCUCCUACAUGGACCAGUCGUUAAUGACCAAUGUCUACCACGGCUGUCUCGAGUACAACGUGAUGCGACGCUACUUCACCAGUGGCUACAUCACCGAAUCCCUUCCGUACUCACCCUACAAUGGUGAGUUGGAGCCCAUCUUCCUUCCCAAGUACGCCCAGCUCUAUCUCACGGACGAUGCGGUGACGCAGCGCAUCAUAGAGCUGGUCAACGACUACGAUGACAUCACCGUGGAGGAGGUUUUCCCCAGUGUGAAGCUCUACACCUUCAGGCGGGCUCUCAACGAGGUCUUCGAGCAGCAGAAACAGACUGUGCUCCCCACCCGCCUGUGCUUCAGGGACUUUACCCUCUUUGAGAUGGAGCAGUUCCUAAAUGAUCUGGUGACCCCCCAGAUGUUCGAUGAGGCCAUGGAGCAGAACGAGAACUUGGCUAUGGCUCAUAGCAUUGCCACAAUGCACGGCCUUGAGAACGAGCCAAUGAUAAUUAAGUGCAAGGGGGGUCAGCGUCUCAGCAUCGAUCCACAUGUAUUCGUUCGGCCGCAGUCGCUGAAGGCGCAGAUAAAAGACAAGGAGAAGGAGGAACACACACCAGCGAUCGCAGCUAAUUUAGAAAGUACGAGGAGUACAAAAAGUCUGCGCCAGUCCAAGACUAGCCUGCAGGCGAAGUUCAAUUUGACUGGGAGUGGGGGAACAAACAUACCCUACAUUGGACUGGGACCCAAUCAUCCCAUGCUCAAGGGCUACAACCUAGACGACACACAGCAGAAGAUCAAGUCCAAGACCUCCACGUACUUCUUCGAGGAAGGCCGGAUCACGCUGUACGAGGAAAAGUGGAAUUUCCGGCAGAUGAACAAGUGCCUCUCGCUGAACGUCGACGGCCAUCAUGUGCACUUCAAGGGCUCUGCCAAAAGUGUGGGUACCACGGAUGGAAAUAUUCGCGUUGAGUCGAAAAACGGAAUCAGCCUAAGAGUUCUGCUCUCGGACAAAGAAUGUGCCAAGGCUGUGGUAAACUACCCAAACGGACUGAGCACCUACUGCCAUGACACGCAUGCCGAGCACGUGUGGUCCAUUCAGGAGAACAAGCUGGACGAGAGCCGUCGAGUCUGUACCCCAUACGGCUGCGUCAUUGUCUACUACAACAACAGCUCCACUGUACUGAUAAUGCGAUACAAUGGAGAGGUGUAUCAUCUGUUUAGCUAUACCGAAGCGGAGGUCGAGGAGGAGGAGGAAGCAGCAACCGAGUUCAUCAAUGCAUGCUCCACCCAAUCCACCUACAGCAGUUACCAGCCCCUUUCCAACGAAAUCAAGAAGAGAAAAAGUCGCGAUGUAAGAUCUUCGCAGAAUGUUCGUUCCUCGGGCGGCGCCGAUAGCCUCUCUCGCCCCUCAGUUCAAAGCAACACCUCCAAGGAAUCUUCCGCAGCCCGCAAGCAGCGACUGGCCAAGUCCAAGCAGGCGGCAGUUCUUUUCGCCAGCAUUGACUUUGAGCUCAAAUACCUCAAGUUCAUCAUGGGCUUGUACAACCUCAGCUACAAGCAUCUGAAGCUGAUCACCUCGAUGGGCAGUGUUGUACACGUGCAGACGGACGGGAAGAUCUGGUGCGGGAAGCCCUUCAAGAACACCGAAUGGCACGACUACUAUGCCAAUGAGUCGUAUUCGAUGCGGAAUGAUGGUGUCAAGGUUAUAUGGACGAAAGAGGAAACGAGAUGCUACCACAGAGACGGCACGAUCAUCAGGACUGGCACUAUUGAGGGCUGGGAUCCGGGCGUCUUGGUGGACGAGAUAGAUGCCGAGAUAAGUUCCAGUAGCUCGCAUCGCGCACUAGUACGUAGGACUACCAAAGAGGUUGGUGUCCCCCCCAACCCCCUGUAUAUCAAUAUUGCGGAGGCUGAUCCUUUCGGACCAGUUGGUCAGACGUCAGCGAGCUCUCGGGGUAGCCUUCAGAGCAUAGCAACAGAGGUGCCAAGGAAAAUGAGUAUACGUGAAUAUCUUGUUGAAGAGGAGGGAGAGGAGGUCAUCAUCUGUGACAUGAGCUUCAUAACCUACGUCCCGGAUAGUUAUUUCCUUCAGCACCAGCUCUAUGCCGGCAUCCACUUCACCUUCACACACCUCACGGACGUGGAUCUGAAGAUUGAGACGGAGGUGUUGAUGUGUGACAACCUUAAGAUUCGGUUGUACAAGGCGCCACAGAUCGAAGAGCUGAAUCCAGCUGAGGUCAAAGAGGUAUCCACCGUUGGUGAUGCUGCAGAACAUAAAUUGCCUGCUUUUCAAGCAAGCCAAUCUUCCGAGGCAGACUCAGAUGAGUGGAUGAAGAGGAGAAAUCAUGCUUCUAUCAGUGGUGGGGGGUCCACGCAACGGCCACCGCCACCGCCUUUCGAGAGCGCCAUGGUGGAUAUAGAAGGCAUCAACCUUCGGAUAACUGUCAGCGAGAAGCAGGCCGUUGUCACGACCCGGUUGCGUAAGUUUGGAUGCGACGAAAAUGCUCUGGUCGUUCGUGAGGAUAUCACGCUACAGGUGGACUUUGACAAAAAUCUGUCGACCACAUUUCGCAAUUGGGUCGAAAUACUGACAAAGUUCAUCAACUGCUUCUGUCCCAAGUGGAGGACCGUCUACUUCCUAGAAUCUUCCUCAACGGAGUGUAAAAGAAAGGGCUUUGAGCUGGUUAGAUCGAUUCCUCCCCUGGGCAAGUACAACUUCUGUGCUGGCAACUACUUCAUCGAUGUGAAUGAGCUAAUGUCGAUAAACAAUCGCAUGAAAAACGAUUUUGAUUUUUAUGACAGUGAUAUGGUUAAAUUUCCACGUUUUCCACUCUAUAAGACAGGGCCCCAACCAAUUGAAUUUCCUAUGGUUUUAAAUGCCAAGAUCUUUGUAGAGCUACCUACACAGCUGGCCAACUCGGAUCGGAUUCAUCACUUCAUCAAUCCCUUUGACCGGAUCAAGUUCAGAAAGCUGCGGCAUCGUUUCAACGAGUCGGUUCUGUUCCAUCUUCAUCCGCGUCUGCGUCAAUUGGUGCAGCAGGAGAUCAGCAAGCGCAGCUGGGCGAACCAUCAUCAGGAACAGCAGCGGCGCAACUUAUCAGAGCAGCAGCGCCUGACCCUCUACCUGGCCAUGCUGAAGCACAAGGUGUAUCCAAAUUACUUCCAGUUCAGGGACCAGUUCUACUACCAUAUUCGCAACAUUGACUUCUUCGAGUUCAUGGCCAUCAAGUGCAGCGAGAAGGCCAAUCCCGAACAUUACCGUGAGCACAUCGAUGAAACAGAAGAGCCCACUGCACCGGCAGCAGUACCCACAAAGAAGAAGAACAAGAAAUGCUUGUGCCCCAAGUACGUCAAGUCGCUGCAAUAGCAAAUACGAGUACCAUGCCCACCCACUACUUACGCCUACACAAGUCGAAAUAAAUCUGCGUACAACCAAAGACAACAUAA